AUGUACGGCAAGGGCCGAGGGAAGAAGGGGAAGGUGCCGGAGGUGCGGCCCAGCUCCUGGGCGAUCCAGGGCGGGGCGGCCUCGAAGAUCAUCGUCUCGGAGCCCCCGUCGAAGCGGCAGAAGGGCAAAGGCGAGAAAGGCGAGAAAGGCGAGAAAGGCGAAGAGAAGCCCAAAGUGGCCAACGAGCUUGCAAAGAAUCAGGCCACCGAUGAGCAGAUCGAAGAGAUCUGUGAUAUUUUGCGAUCCAACAAGGUCGACGAAGCCUUGCAGUUUGUGCAGAAGGAGCUGGACGUGUCGAAAGCCAACUCCAUUUCUGUGAAGCAGCUCGGGCAGCUGGUAGGCGCUGUGGGCUUGCGAACACCGCAGGAGCUGGCGCUCAAGUUUUUGGAUGCCGUGGAUGCCCUGAACCUGCCGAAGUUCCCAACCUGGGGAGCGCACUCCUACUUCGGCCGCUACGCGAGGUGGGCGCUGCGCGAGUUCCUGUCAGAGGCCACCAGCGCCAUAGAGCAGGCCGUCUCUUCGCCUGCGCACGUGCUCGAGAAGAUGGGCGUGUGCAUCCAGGCCAUGGAGGCUGCACCCUCAGAGAAGGGCCCGAACUACGUGAUGCUGAGCCCGGCAGCGGGCUUGCUGCCUGCUGGCCACGGCUUCCAGAGGGGCGACUGGGUUCUGGCCACCUUUCCAGAGACCGGCACCCCAGGAAUCAUGAUCACCUCAAGAGGAGAUGUCAGCGUGGAAGCAGAAGUGAUGGCGAUUGUGCCGCCUCCUGGGCAAGGCAUCCUUGUGAAGUUCGUGGGGGAGCUCGGCAAGAAAGCAGGUGAGAAGUUCAACAAGAAGACGUGCCGUGUGGAUCGUGUCGCCAACCAUGUGACCCUGGGCCGCCAGCUGAAUGCGCUCGUCACGCUCUGCAGCGCCACAGUUCCUGAGAAGCAAAAGGAGAAGGGCGAGGGCGAGAAGGGCAAGAAGGGCAAGGGCAAAGGCAAGAAGGGAAAGGACUGGAAGCCCACAGUGCCCGUGUGGCUCAAGGACCUGCUUCUAGCAGCGGAUAACAACCUCAUGGGCACGGAGCCGGGGCUCGCGGGUGUCGAGUUCCAGGGUGCCGGCAUCUCACACCACUCGGCUCUGGUCAAGGAGUGCAACGAAUCGCAGCGCGAAGCGCUGCUCGCCGCAGGCAGCAGGCGGCUAUCACUGAUCCAGGGCCCGCCGGGCGCCGGGAAAACCACCACGGCGCUGCUGUUGGUCCGCGGCUGGACGGCCGCCCGCCGAGGGCCCAUCCUCUGCUGCGCCGACUCCAACAUCGCGGUCGACAACCUGACAGCUGGCUGCGUGAAGGCCGGCCUCAAGGUGGUACGCAUUGGCAGGCCAGAGGCCACGCGCUUUGACCUGGAGAAGUACAACCUGCUAGAGAUGGUGAAGGAUGCAAAGGCACAGGACCCCAAUGCGGAAGACCGGGGCCACUUCGUGCACCAGCGGGAGAUCCUGGAAGACGCGGAGGUGGUUUGCAGCACGUGUUCCGGGGCGGAUCACCCAGUGUUGCAAGCCAAGGAGUUCGGCUGUGUCUUGAUCGACGAGGCUGGUCAGACGACGGAGCUGGCGGUGCUUGUGCCGUUGAUGAAGAUGAGGUUGGACGGCGUGGUGACUUUGGUGGGGGACCACCGGCAACUGCCGCCGACUAUCAGCAACGUGGAUGUGGACGUGGAAGGCUUAGGCACCUCGCUCUUCGAGCGUUUGUCCUCCCACGGGGUGGAGCCUUUCAUGCUGGACGUGCAGUACCGCAUGCACCCAGCCAUCGCCGCGUACCCCUCCGUGGCCAGCUACAACGGCAAGCUCCGGUCUGGGGUCAGCGGGCGCCAGCGCAAGGCCCCCCAGGGCAUUGCCUGGCCCGUGCCGGAGGCGCCUGUGACCUUCUUGCCCGUGGAAGGCAAAGAGAAGUCGGAGGGCACGUCGUGGAUGAACGACACGGAGGUGGACGCCGUGGAGGCGCUGCUGAGCAGCGCGCUGGCCUGGAAUGACAUCAACCCCACGGAGAUCGGGGUCAUCACCCCCUACGCCGCCCAGGCGCGGCUGCUUCGGCGGCGCCUGGGGUGCCCGCCACCGGGGAAGCGGCCGCCGGCGGGGUCGGUGGGCAUGGCGCUGGUGGAGGUGUCCUCCGUGGACGGGUUCCAGGGCCGCGAGAAGGACCUCAUCUUGGUGUCCACAGUAAGGGCCAACACCACCGGCAAGGUUGGCUUCUUGGGUGACCCCCGGCGCCUGAACGUCACAGUCACCCGGUCGCGGCGUGGCCUCGUGGUGGUGGGCCACUUCGAUACCCUGGCGUCUGACGAGUUCACGUGGCGGCCCUGGCUCAUUUGGGCCCAGGAGCGCGGGCUCGUGGCUGGCUGCGAAGCCACCAACGUGGAAGCGGCCAAGGCUCUGAAGCAGUUGGAGCUACUGACAGAAGACCAGCUGCUGAGGGCAUUGGACACCACCUACUCCACCCAAAAGCAAAGCCCUCUCACGCCGCACAAGCUCGAGUCACCAUCUGGUCAGCUGAGGAUGCAGUUCAUCUUCCUGUACUACGACCAGAACCGGAAUGGUCGUUUGGAGGUGGAGGAGGUGGCGAAGAUGAUCGAGCACAUCCAACAACUCCGAGGUGAGAGCCACAGCGAGGCCCUGGUGAAUGCCAAGGCUCUGGCUUCGCUGUACCCUGGCCCCUUUGGCUUUGCGGCCUUCUACGAUGCAACGCAGAAGAGGAUGCUCAAUGGCACCUCACCUCUGCUGCGCACACAGCAGGACCUCCUAGAGGCUGUUCGGCGAGCUCGAGAUGCGUCAGAUCACCCAGAGUCUGGUGUGAAUGGGCAGCAGAGGAGAGAGGAUCCCUUGGGGUCUUUGGGCCAGGCCGCUGGCAAGGCCGCAGACGGCGUGCAUCCGUCUCUGCCGUCUGCUGCGCUAGGAAGGCCUGCCUCCCGGGGACCGUCAGAGUACCGCCGGGAAGGCGGCGUGCAAAACCUGGCCCUGCGGGUUGUGAGAAGUCUGAUGGAGUUAUCCAACCAGCCCGUGGCGGAGUGGAGAUACAACUUGCAGCUGGUCAGCGCUCGAGAUCUGCUCUUGCUGUGCGACACGGUGGUGGAGCUACUCCGGCAAGAAGACUCCCUGGUGGAGGUGCCUCUGCCCUGCAGGGUGUACGGCGACAUCCACGGGCAACUGCUGGACCUUCUGGAGUUCUUCAAUGCCUUCUCCUGGCCGGACAAGCGCCGGGGCGACAUCUUCUCCAUGAACUACGUUUUCUUGGGCGACUUUGUAGACCGGGGAGCAUACUCGUGCGACGUCAUUUCAUUGCUCUUCUCCUUGAAGAUCCUCUAUCCAUUGAAGAUCUUCCUCGUUAGGGGCAACCAUGAGGACCGACUGAUGAAUGUCAACUACGGCUUCCAUGCUGACUGCGCAAGGAAGUUUGGGCGAGACGGUGAAGACAUUUGGGACCGUGUCAACGAUGUGUUCGAGUUCUUGCCCAUUGCUGCCGUGGUCGGAGGAGAGAUCCUGUGCAUCCACGGUGGCAUCGGGGACUCCAUCAGCUCCCUGGACGACCUCCGUGGCAUCCCGAAGCCCAUCCAGGUGGUGGGGGAGAUCAACGAAAGGACCACAAGGCAAGACCGCAUGGUCCUCGAUGCCCUGUGGUCCGACCCCACGGACAACGACCAGGUCCUGGGGGUGCACGUCUCUCCCCGCGGUAAAAACACUUGCCGGUUUGGGCCCGACCGGGUGCAGGACUUCAAUCGGAGGAACGCUUUGAAGCUCAUCAUCCGCGCCCACGAAUGUGUUCAGCACGGGUAUGAGUACUUUGCUGCAGGGCAGCUCCUAACAGUUUUUUCUGCUACAAACUAUUGCAAUCAGCACGACAACGAUGGCGCCAUGGUUGUUCUCGUCAAGGACGAGCGCACCGGCGAGGUGGUGGAGCAUGCGCAGGUCAUCAAGAGCGGCCAUGUGGACACCUCCUAUGGCUGGAAUGACCAGCAGUUCCGCGCGCCCUCGCCCAUGCGGCGGACCGGCUGA